CACGUUGUGAAAGUUCUGACCAUUCUUCACAUAACUUUCUUUCUUAUCUCUUCCGGACUUUAACAUGGGAGCUUCUCAGUCUGGACGACUGCAUAUGUUCCAAGAUCUGGCUGAUAAAACUGGCUUUUCCAUAGAGCAGAUAAAUAACCUCCAUAUCAGGUUUAUGUACCUGACUCAAGGUGAAGACACUUUAAGACGUGAACACCUUGAGAAUAUUAGCAAUUUGGCUCUCAACCCAAUCCGAAGACAGAUCGUUGAGGCUUUCUUUGAUAAAAGGAACUUGGGUGAAAAAGAGAAGGGCUGUCUGCAGGAGAUUGGUUUUGAGGAAUUUGUUACAGUCCUGUCCUUUUUCAGACCACCCAAACCACGCAUUGCUGACGAAGAGAUGAAAAACAUCAAGAAGGAGAAAUUACGCUUUCUAUUCAACAUGCAUGACACUGAUAAUGAUGGCGUCAUCACGCUGGAUGAAUACAGACAUGUGGUGGAGGAGCUGCUGUCCAGCUAUGAAACUAUAGGAGCAGAAACCGCCAAAGCCAUUUCAGAUGCUGCCAUGCUGGAGGUGGCAAGUGUCACAGUGGGUCAGAUGGGUCCUGAUGAAUUUUACGAGGGAAUCACCUUUGAACAGUUCAUGCAGAUAUUGAAAAAUGUAGAGAUCGAGACCAAGAUGAAUAUUCAUUUCAGGAAAAUGGACAAAAGAACGAUGCAAUGUGGGAAAUGAGAGUCACUUCAACUUCACAGCAGCACUUUAUUUUCAACACAGUCUUUAUUUUAGACAUAAACAUGUCAAAUUUGUCUCAUGGAUUCAACUCUUAGUAUUGAGUUCUUUCUCUAAAAUAUCUUAAAUGCUCAAGUUAUGAGCAAAGUGCUUUU